AUGUCGGAGAGCAUCGUCGACCAAUUGGCUGAUGCCGCCAACUCCGCCGGCCAGCGAAUCAAGGAGACCUUCGGAGCUGAGGAUACACAGGGCGAGGGCCGCAGCAACAUGCAGAUGACCAGCGGCGGCGGCGACCGUGACAAGGACCGUACCCAGACGUCCGCUAGCGAGGAUGCCCACGACCUUGCAUCGGCGGCGGAGGAUAAGACCAAUGAGGUCAUUGACCGUGCCAGAGAGGGAAGUCCUGCUGGUUACAUUGGAAUUCAUAUGGAUGACGGGGCUUGCUUGAGGCAGCUUCGCUUGCAGCGUGGCCAUGUCAAUCUCGAGUCGGGUCACCACCCUGCUUUCCCGGACUAUCACCACGAGUUACAUCAUUCGCAAAUGUCGUAUGGAGGCCUUAACCAGGUCGCGUCCCAGCACAACGCUGCGCGUUUGCCGACGGUGGCCAUGGGGACAUUGUCUAGGGGAGUCAAGGAAUGCGAGCGAAAACGUGCUGGGCAAUAG